UAUGCUUCGUCUCGGCCAAUACUUUGCCAUUGCCCAAUAGUGGACGUGGUAUUUCUGCCGAGACUUUCUUUAUUAAUUCAGCCUUCUUCCCCAAACUUUUGUAUCUUCACGCUGUUCUCCAAGUCCAUCUCAUCGCGAUGGCAUCUUCUUUUGUCUCGUUGCUGUGGGCAAGCGCCUUGACGGCGCUUCUACUCUUCUCGCAAAACGUCUCUGCUGCUGCCGCUGCGAUUUCUGGCGCCACUGUCUCGAGCACGAUCCUCGUCCUUGCACGCGAUGAGACUUCUGCCCUGAAUGGUGCCACCUCUGGCUUGCAAGGCUAUGGAAUCCCCUUCGAGGUGCUGGCCGUCCCGCAAGCUGGCAUCUCCAGCCUCCCCAUCCUCAACGGCUCCGCUACGCACGGAAACUACGGAGGCAUUGUUGUACUGAGCGAAGUUGGCUACAACUACGACAACCAAUACUACAGCGCUCUUACGAGGAGGCAAUGGAAUCAGCUGUGGGACUACCAGACGCAGUUUGGUGUGCGCAUGGUGCGUCUGGACGUGUUCCCAACGAGCGACUUCGGUGUUACAAGCAAGGGCGGCAAUGUCAAGGACGAGCCUGUCGUCUUCACCAACGUUACUGGAUUCCAGACCGCUGGCCUGAAGAUGAAUGCAAAUGUGACCAUCGUGAACAUCUUCCACAACCCCGCAACUAUCACCAAUUCCUCAAUCGCCUGGGAGAUCGCGAAGUUCCAGGGCUCUGGUACCGCUGCCGUCAUUAACCAGAUCGGCUCUCGCCAGCAGAUGGUAUGGUUCCUUCCAUUUGCUCUCGACUGGGCUCCAUCGUCGAACUACCUACAACAUGCGUGGAUCAACUGGGUCACAAGAGGCCUCUAUGUCGGGUUCCGAAGGACCUACUUCAGCACUCAGGUGGACGAUAUGUUCCUUGAGACGCCGCUCUACCGGCCGCAAGGACAGUCAUUCCGCCUCAAGCCUGACGAUCUUGAUGUACAUGUAACCUGGCAGGCUACGCUCAACGCGAAGAUGCCGAAGGGUUCAGAAUACUUCAUUGAAGUUGGCCACAACGGCAAUGGAGACAUCGAGGCUUCCACCGACACCACUGAAGGCGCUACAAUCUGCAACCCCGACACAGGUAUCGAAUACCCGGACCAGAUCGACGGGCCUCCAGACUACACCAAGCCUCCAGGGACUGGGAAGGAUAUCUGGCCCACCACUCCCACCGAGUAUACGUGGAGCCUUGAGUGCGCUGAGAUCGACGAAUUGCAGAACUGGUUCGCGGACGAAACAAACCGAGACGCCUUUGCACACAUCUCUCACACAUUUACACAUGAAGAUUUGACCAAUGCCACAUACUCUGACACCUCAAAGGAAAUUUCUUGGAACCAAGCCUGGCUUAAGCAAGUGGGUCUUUCCAACGCUAAACGCUUUAGCCCCAACGGUAUCAUCCCUCCCGCGAUCACAGGUCUCCAUAACGCGGACGCUCUCAAGGCCUGGCUGGACAACGGAAUCAAGAAUGUCGUUGGCGACAACACGAGACCCCUUCUUCUUAACACAGUGAACAAGUUCUGGCCGCUCAACACCACCGUCGAGCGUAACGGUUAUGCUGGAGUAAACGUCAUGCCGCGGUGGGCCUCAGUCAUCUACUACAACUGCGAUCUCCCAGCUUGCACUCUGCAGGAAUGGAUCGACACCUCAGGCGGGAAGGGUACAUUUGACGAUCUCCUUACGAAUGCUAGAGACACGGCUAUCCGAAACUUGAUGGGUCUGCACUGGGAUCCGUACAUGUUCCACCAAGCCAACUUGAGGGUCAGCGAUGUCCCGACCACAACGGUGAACGGCAAGCGAGGCCAAUACUCACUCCUCAUGACCUGGGUCGAGGUUGUGACUGCUGAGAUGAUGCGCCUCACAACCUGGGCAUUCAAGACCCUCAAGCACGACGAUCUCGCUCAACAAUUCCUCAACCGCCAAACCCGUGAUCUGUGCAGGCCGAGCCUGACAUGGCAAACCUCUUCUGACGGCAACUACAUCGAAAGCUUCUCCGUCUACACAGCUGGAGGCAACAAGUGCGGCACCACGAUCCCCGUCACCGUCCCGGUCACGCCCACUUCCACCACAGGCGCGACCAAGGAGCAGCUUGGCACGGACCCGCUUACGCUCUGGGUGACCAUGAGCGGCGCGUCCCGGACCUACAAGUUUUCCGGAAAAGGCAUUCCUCUAUAGAUGCAGAGCACAGCAUUUGUGUAU